CUUAGAUUCACUCAAGUUCUCUGCCUUAAAUGACACAGGGCUUCCUGAAGGUGUUUUAAAGGGGUCAUAUAAGACAUCUUUAUAUAAUUGAAAUUCUCUACAGAAUCCAUAGCUUAAAAUGUCAUUAUCAUUAUAAACAAAGCAUUUAUUUAUUCAAGGUUAAAAAAUUAACACAAUUUGCAUAUUACUGUCUCCAAAGCAAGACAUCAACGAAUAAUUAGACAUUAUACACUGGAUGUGAAUGUCACAAUAUGGCAUGUCAAAAGCUGAUAGAACCCAUUUAAAGUGUACCAAUGCUUUUAUGAAAAAGUGUACAUAUCACCUCUCUUUUUUCUCUUUUGUUUUAAAGGUUUCUGUUUGUUUCUUGCAUUAAUUUUGUUAGUUUUAGUGUUACAUUAAAGAAAGAGACAUGAAAAUCAUCUGACAGUAUUUCAGUUUAAUUGAUGUACACUGAUGAGUCAUUAAACUGUGUUCACCUAUUUAAUAACCUGUAGGACCUCCUUUAGCCCAGAAAGCACUGGCCAGUCGCUGAUUCAAAAAGGGGUAUUUUGAGGUAUCUGGUACCAUAAUGUCAACAGCAGGUCCCGUACAUUACGCAGUGGUGGCGAUGUAGCACGAAGGUCGCCGUGAUUUUGCCAAGUAAGACAUGUUCCUGGAUCCACAUCUUCUGAUGAUUACCCCUAAGCCUAACCUUACCCAUAAUUUAUUCCUAAAAUCAGUGAGGAAUGGUAGCUGAUUAACAAGGGUGUAGAAGCACCUAACUCUGAUUGUAAGCCUAAAACAGAUAUUUUCUGAAAAGUUAUAUCUCAGUUCUGAUUGGUUGAUUGAAAUGUUGUUCCAGGAUCAACAAGGAUGUUGAUCCAGGAACAUGUUGUACUUGGUGAAAUCACUCUCGCCGUAGCGCGAAUCUGCUUUUUAUUUGGGUUCAUGUCCGGUGAAUUUGGAGGCCAAGGUAUUAACAGAAAUUCACCAUCAUGUUUCUCGAACCUUGACAAAUCUGGCAGUGUAGCAUGGUGUUUUAUCCUGUUGGUAACAGCCAUCACUGGCAAGAAACACAGUUGCUAUGAAUGGGUGCACUUGGAUUGCAACAAUGUUCAGAUAUCUGACAGCUUUUCAGAGAUUGUGCUGUUUAUGUCCCACACAUAACACCACUGCUAUAGCUUAUGUCGGUAAUUGGCAUAUCCAUGCUUGGAUCGGUAAUGUGAUUAGGGAUGUAUUUGGGUGACAUCGCACAUGGCAAUAUCCAAGAUGGCAGCAUCCACGACAGCACGAGCGUUUGUUGAGUGAAGUCUUAGUUUUUUUGUUUUGUUAUGAAUUUUGAAAUAUCCGGACAGAUUGCAGAAGGAUUGCAUUGUACUUUACUGAUUGCUUUCUGUAGUAGAGUUCGUUUUGGGAAGCCUACUCCUACUUUGCUUGUGCCUGGAUCGGUGGACUCAUCUGGGCAGUUGUGGGGCAUCGACAGGUGGAAUGCUCCCUUUGAACGGAGCUGUGGAAUUUCCUAGCUGGUGACGGGAGUGGGGUUUUGGCUCUGUGUGGUCCUCUACAGAUCCGCGUGGAACAAUCUUGCACUGGCUUGUUGGGCUAUACAUUGCAUUGCUUGUUGUGGUUCUCCCAUUUGUGGAAUUGAUUGCAACAUCGCAGACUUUUUUGGGGGACGCGAAGAGGCGUAUUACUCCUGAAUGGCGUUUUUUAACAGCCUUUUUUGUGCUGAUCGCGGUGGACUACACAGGGAAUAAAAAUCUCUUGAUCUCGGGAAAUGUACAUCCUAAUCCUGGCCCUAAUAUUAAUAGCCUUAGUACUCCUGAAGAUUUUAAAUCCAGGUCGGGUCUUGGUUUUAUUCACUUAAAUGCUUGUAGUUUGGUCAGGAUAUGGGCUACUCAAACAAAUGCAGAUGUUGUAGUAAUUUCCGAAACCUGGCUAAAAAAAUCUAUUUUAGAUAAGGACAUUAUGAUUAAUGACUAUAGAGUUUUCCAUUGUGAUCAUUUAAAUAAGGGGGGGGGGGGGGUUGCAAUUUAUGUUAAGACUAAAUUUAACAACAGGAUCUUAUUUUUUACAUCUACUGUUAAACAAUUUGAUAUCUUAGCAUUAAACCUUGAAACAGCCAAAGGUCAGUAUAUUAAUGUUAUUGGCUGUUACAGACCCCCUUCUGUGGUUGUUGAUGCUUUGCCAAAUUUAAUGGAAUUUUUUUAAUGAACUUGAUUACAGUGAGACUGUUUUAGUGGGAGAUGUAAAUUGGGACUGGUUAUCCUCUCUGUCUGUUGAUUUAAAAAAUCACUGUAAUGGUUUAAAUCUUACACAGAUAAUAAAUAGUCCCACUAGAUUUAAUAAAAGAAAUCCUAACAAAUCCACUCUUAUUGAUUUGUUUUUGACAAACACACCUCACAAAUUUUCAGAUGUAGGUGUGUUUGCAAACAAUUUGAGUGAUCACGGUGUCAUUGCAGCAGUAAGAAAUACAAAACUGCCUAAGAUUAAACCUAGAAUAAUUUUUAAAAGAAAUUUGAGGCACUUUUGUGAGCAAGCAUUUUUGCAUGAUUUGCCUUGUUUUGACUGGGACAGAAUUUUACUUAUUGACAAGGUGGAGCUAGCUUGGAAAUAUUUUUAUGAAGGUGUUAUUAGUAUUGUGGACAAGCAUGCUCCCUUUCAGAGGUUAAGAGUAAAGGGACGUGACAAUGCGUGGUUUACUCCGGAGCUGGCUAAUCUUCUUCAGCAGAGAAACCAAGCCUGGGCUAAAGCCAGGCAGUCCGGGACAGAUUUAGACUGGCUCAGUUUUAGACAGUUGCGUAAUCGUUGUAAAUUUCUUAUUAAAAAGGCAAAAUCUGAUUUUUAUUUAGCAGCUACAAUGAAAAACCUAAACAAUCCCCGGAAAUUCUGGAAAGUCCUGAAAAAUGUACCUCAAAUUGUCAUAAUGAAUUACCUCCAUGUAUUUUUAAGGAUAAAACAGUCAUAUCAGAAAAGUCUGCAAUUUUAGAGUGCUUUAAUAAGCACUUUGUGGAAGCAGGUUCCUUGUUUGAACGUCAACUCAUUGCAAACAAAUCAACAUUAACAAACUGUUUUAAUUUUUCAGUUCCGCCCCAGAAAUCGGUGGCAAGUAAAGAACCCUUUUGUCUAAAACCUUUCUCCGUCGCUGAUGUGAAAACAGCUCUUAUUGCUUUGGACCCUAGUAAAUCUCCUGGUCCUGAUACUUUAGAGCAUUAUUUUUUGCAAAUAGCUGCUGAUUUUAUUGCUGAACCAAUUGCAAUUAUUUUUAAUCAAACCCUAGUUAACAAUGAGAUUCCAAGAAUUUGGAAAUCGGCAUAUGUACUCCCUCUUUUAAAGGGAGGAGAUUACGCGUGUUUGGAUAAUUAUAGACCAAUUUCCAAAUUACCGAUUUUAGCUAGUGUUAGAAACAUUGGUUGUUGAUCAGUUAAAAUACUAUUUGGUUUCCAAUCAUUAUUUUGUCUGAUGUACAGUCUGGAUUUCGAAGGCAGCAUAGUACUACUGCUGCUGCAAUGAAGGUAAUUAAUGACAUUAGUGAGACAAUGGACAGCAAGAACACUUGUGUAGCUCUUUUUUUAUAGAUUUAGCCAAAGCAUUUGAUACAGUGGACCAUUGCAUUUUGCUGGAAAAGCUACGAAAUAUUGUUUUUUUCUGACCAUACUGUUGAUUGGUUUACUAACUACUGCAUUAGCUUAAACUAGUUUUGAAUGUUGAGAAAACUAAGAUUAUGCUUUACUCAAAAUCUAAGAAGUCUUUGGACAGUUUACAAAGUAUUUUUACUAUACAUGGUGAGCAGAUCGUACAAGUAAAAUUUGAUGAAUAUCUGGGUAUAUUAAUUGAUGAUCAGCUUUCUUUUAAGUUGCACAUUGAUAAACUGAUUCAAAAGCUCAAAUUAAAAAUAGGAUUUUAUUUUAGAAACACAGCCUGUUUUUCUUGGAAAACUAGAAUAAGACUAGCUUCCUCCCUGCACUUGAUUAUGGUGAUUUGCUCUAAAGAAAUGCGCCUGAUAAAUGUUUGUCUUUGUUGGAUACUGUCUACCAUAAUGCAUUAAGAUUUGUGACUGGAUGUAAGGCAUCAGUACAUCUUUGUACUUUGUACAAAAUGACAAACUGGCCCUCAUAGUCAGUGAGGAGGCAUAUACAUUGGCUUAUUUUUAUUUAUAAGUCUAUGCUGGAUAUGCUUCCAUCUUAUCUUUGCUCCUAUAUGUCACGUAAUGUUAGUUCUUAUAAUUUACACUCUGGUGAUAUGUACUUGUUAUCUGUACCUACAGUUCGUACAGAGCUUGGUAAGAAGGCUUUUAGUUAUGCAGCCCCGUCCACUUGGAACACAUUACAGUCUGAAUUGCAAUUGCGAACUCUGAUUUCUAUUGGUGAAUUUAAGCAAUGCAUGAAAGUCUUGGAAAUAGAUGCCAUCAAUUGUUGUCACUGUUUUUAAAAUAAUCAAAUUGUUUUAAACCUAUGGUUAGUAUAAAUUGUACUUUUAAGUAGUCUGAUGUUGAUGUUUUUUAUGUAUCUGAGGAUAUUGUUUAAAUGUCUCUUGUUGUUGUGUAUAUGUUUGGUGAUCAUAUUUGUAAUUAUGUGCUGUUAAAAUGCUGCCAUUUUGGCCAGGUCUCUCUUGAAAAAGAGGUUUUAAAUCUCAAUGAGAUCAUCUGGUUAAAUAAAGGUUAAAUUUAAAAAAAAAUGUACCAAUGAGUAUCGGUAUAUGCCCCGAUACUGCCAUUUUCUGCUGGAUUGGGUAUCAGUCAGAUGAGAAUGAUCCAAAUCCGAUAUUGGGCGUAUAAUAUUUUGUUAUUGUAAAGCCCCACGAAUGGAACAAAAACACAAAAUACCAUAACAUUUCUGUGCUCUAUAUUCCAAGUCUUCUGAAGCCAUUCCAUAGUUUAAUGUGAGGUACAGAUGAAUAUUUUUCAUUAAAUUCAAGUUACCUUAAUUCUUCUCUCCGCUACAGCUGUCUGUUCAUCCAUUUAGCAUUUAAACUGCGUGUUGCAUUUGGUUACAACAGUCAAGACAAUAAAAAGUAUGUCCAAGAUGAUUCAGUGAUUCUGUUAUUAUACUUGAUCUGAAGAUAAAGAUCAAUGAUUUUGCAUAAAAGGACUUUGUUGCUGGAGUUUAGUGCUAUUGCCAAAGCAUGAUCAUUUCCGGGUUUCUGUUAUAUCACAGUACUAGAGUAGAGAGCAUUAUUAAUUGUUUUUCACUCGCUCAGUAACAUUAAACUGUUAAUAGAAAUGUCUCAAUAAACUAUUUCACAGAUAUAAUACACUACACAUCAGUAUCUCUUCCCUUUGUGCUUUUCUUGUUCUGUCCUAUCUAUCAUAUUUAGCUGCCUUAUUACUGUGCUAUACGUUCAAAAAUAUUUUAUAGUUUGUAGUUGUAUAGAAAUAUAUUUACUUGGUUUUCAUGAACAAAUUUUGCAACAAUACAAAGAGCAUUGUGUAAAAUCUUACCAGAUUUAGUCCUACACUUUUUCACUUUUAUUUGUUUCUCACUACAUAAUGUUUUUUUCAAUACUUUAGAUUGUAUAAAAUUGUGUACUCAUGAUUUUUCUAGAAUAACUUUUUUUUGUGAACUUUUUUUUUUUUUUUUAACAGAAUAACAUCCAUUCAAACAAACAAACAAACAGAGAAGGGGAAGCAACACACAUUAUCAUUAAUUUACCAUCUAAAAAAAGAGAUGAAAAUAUAGUCAUUCCUUUUUAUAGUUCAAAAUAUCUGAAGUGGUAUCAGGUUUAGCCCUGUUAAUUUGUGCCAUUGUACAUUCACAGGCCACUGUCCCAAGGAGGCUAUGAAUCCAAAAUGUUUUGCACAUAUGUUUGGUGUAAACCAGUUUCUUCUUGUCUUUGCAGCUGUAAAACCUCUUCUUUAAUUAAAGCUGCUGUAGGGAACUUUUGAUGCUCUAGCGGUUAAUAAACAGAACUGCUUGCGUCUAGCAGAAGAACAUCAUAGCCGGAACUACUUCUCUCUGUUUAUGACUAUGAAGAAUUACAAAGGUACUGGGUUACUCCGCCGCGGUAUCUCCGAAGCAAUCUAAAAUAGUCCGAAUAUAAACACUUAUUAUAGGUGCACCCUAGUGAUUAUGGACAAGCCAAAAACACGGUUUGCAAAAUGGAUUCAUGGUGUACUCGCUUAUUAUAUACAUUUUUCUACAUUUUGAACACGAACAAAGUUACGGACCGCAGCUCUGAUUGGUUAUUUUUUACCGGAAGCGAUGGAGUUUCUGCAAAUGACAAUAGGACCACUGGGAGGAGCCAGAGGAGCUUGAUUUUUUUCACAGAUUAUCUGUCUCAUAUUCUACUGUCAGGACAUAAUGACAGGUUUAAUAAAUAUGUAAAAAAUAUUUUUUUACAAAAGUUCCCUACAGCACCUCUAACUUAUACAUGAGUUAGAAUAGUCACUGAGAAGACAAACAUGGAUUAGACGUGUAAUCAAUUUGAAGUAAAAAGGACAAAACAAAUUUCACAUGAGUUCAUAGGUUAACAACAACUGGACAUUCCCAAAACGCGUGGAGAAAAGUACCUGGUGAUACAGUGUUACAGAUAUGGCAGCUAUAGGUCGAGUGCAGUUUAAUUUUAAACAUCUUGUAAGGAGUUAUGUAUGCUCUAUGGAUGACAUUGAUAAAACAAUGAGCCAAGUUUUUAGAAGAUUAGAUUAGACAAUACCCUCUCCCUAAAAAAUCUGUUAAUUCACAAUUCCAUAUAUGUUCAUUACAAAGAAGCUUUGCCCAGUGAUCAUUAAGUUUACUAUGUAUUAGAGAAACAGAUGGCCGACCAGAGUGCAAGGUGGUUCAAUCCAAUCCCACAUAGGAUGGGAAUAAAUGGGGGAUCCCCAGGGAACUCAAUAGGCUUUGAGAGCAGAACAUAACUGAAAAAAAAAGAAAAAAUAUGAUGCUGGUAAACAAAAUGUAUAUUUAUCAUGUUUAUUUUAUGUCAGAAAUAAAAUAUCAUGGACUCUACAGUAAGUACACUAAGUAGACAUCGAAAACGCCUCUUUUACCGCCACGGGUACCACGGCGGCGGCGGUAUAAAGUGCAUUUGCAGCAUAUUUUCGCAAAUAGACGUCAGUUUUGCCUCACUGAUGUGUUACAUUUGAUUGCUUCAGUCACGGAAAAUGAAAGAAAAACACUAUAGUUUAAAUAUUUAAUAUAUUUAAUAUUUAAUAUACACAGAUGAAAGUUUGGUAUUUAUGAAGUUAUGUGCAUUUCUUAGAACGAGAAAGAGUCUGUGCUUAUAUUUUCUAAGCUACAUGGUAUUAAACCAUAUUUUAGAUUGGACACAUUUAAAAGGUGUGCAGUAUUAUUCAUAUUAUAUUAAUUACUGUUAUUACCUUAAUGCUGAAAAAGAUGCUAUUUUUUUUUUUAAUACUAGCCCAUCAUGCAUUUAACCAUCCACUCAGCUUUAAGAGCUGUUCAGAUUAAAACUGGCAGCUCAGCAGUGAGUCAGUGUCAUGGAUGGAGGACCUGUUAAUAGUUUAUCUAGUUUAUAUCUCCAUCUCGUUAUGCCACUGGUUUAGAUUUUUUUUUUUUUUUUCUUACAGAACUUAUUUGUAAAUAGAGCAGUCACUGUCUGUGUCUACACCGGACGCCAGAGUUGUCAUCUGUGCGAACCCACAGCGAAAAGUGUGUCUAAACUUGAUGACAUCACACUAUAGUGUCAAAUCAUCUGAACACAGUGUCAGAACAUUUCAUCAUAAACAGAACGAGCAUCAGUUCACUGAUAGGGAUCGUGUCCAGUGUAUCCAUCACUGUGUUCUGUUGUCUUUUGUUGGAUCGUUCCACUCGUGUCCGGUGUAGACCUGCCGUACAUUUUUAUUGUUUUAUUUUACAGCCCUGCUUGUUUUAAUGUUUUUAUUAAAUAUCUGUAUUGACUGCAUGGUCAUAUUAUCGAAUUAUUUACUGCCAUGCGACGUACAAAAGUAAAGCUUGGCGAGUUGAUGAACGAGCAUUGCUCCAAGUUGAUUUUUGGCGGAUGUGCUGUGCUUGUGCAGCCGCGGUCGUCUGCAUUUCGUCAGGUGAAACAUCUCUCUCACUCGCAACAGAGUCUAUGAGCAGCAACAACUUCCCCUCCGCGCGCACUGAUACCAGAAGCACGCUCCGCCUUCACUCUGUGAAUAAAGUAUUUCAGUAUGUUUGAAAUGUUAUGUUCAUAACAUAGCAUAUAAAAUAAUAAUAAUAAUUUAAAAAAGGAGAGUUUCAAAGUGGCUUAAGCUAUGUGUAAACUUUUUUCCCUAUAUCACAUGCCAAACUAAUAACAUUGCAAGCAUUACAUCUUUAAUUGCUGCUUUCUGCUGUGAAAAUUUUGUUUGUGAUGAAAAUAACAUCUUUGUCAGUUAUUUUAUCUAAACAGAUCGAUUAACUUCAAGAUUUCAAAAUCAGAUAGCAUGCUGAUAAUGUAGCACUGUAAGAUUACAUUUGUUUGAACUCAUUAUUGCAAAAGCGAUUGAGUGUGAAUCUGUUUAAAUCAUGCUUUAACCCGAAAAUGAUCAGUAAAAGAAACAGAAAAACUCUUAACAUCCCGCUCGACUCUUGCAGUCAUUGUAACCUUCUGAUCAAGCUAAAUAUGUUUAACAUGAAUUCUUGCUGAAUAUGCUGUUAUAUUAUGGGCUGUUGGCAUGAAUUGUACUCGUGAUGGAGCCUCUUGGAGCGAGUGAAAACCACGACGCUCAUAUUCAAGUGUUUGUGCCAAAAUUAUUAAUGUGCAAUAAUGACAGGGAGGCGCCAUCUCAUCACUUACAUUUUUUCCUGAUAAUGAAUUUAUUUAUUUAUUUAUUUUUUGAAUUAACAUAAUAUAGUGGUGUCUCUCAUACAUUAAAAAUAUAUCUACAGAAUUUUUAAAUGAAAACGAAUUGUGUAAUCUGUGAAUGUUGCAUUUCUCUCGUCGGAGAGAGCCAGCACUGUGAAUUUCAUCCUGCGGCCGACAAUUAUUAUUUUUUUAUUAUUAAUAAAUAAUUAAAAUGUCUAAUUUUUCACAAUUAUUAGGCUACUUCUGCUUGUGCUUUGUUUCAAACUUAAUGCAUGUGCUUCAGCACGGAAUAUAUUAAGAUUUGAUUAUGUAAAUGUAAUAUAAUCCUCUUGAUUAGUUGAAUAUAACAAACAAACGACUAGAACUAGAAAAAUCUUACAUGGGGGCAGACAUUUUUUAGUCUAUAACCAAAACAACAGUCUUAUAUAAACCAGUUCAGCAAGUGAAAGCCUCGUGAGACACUGUCCAUAUGAAAGAGCAAUUCACAUCUUUAUCUCGACCCCCACAAGUCAUACAUAACUACCCCCAAAAACCCAACCCCCUCCAGCUGAACUGAAUUCGGUCAGUUUUUUGGCUGUGCAGAACGGUGUGUUUUUGCGGAAGGCAAAAAAGAGAGAGAGAGAGAAACUAGUCUAGGGCUAUUCUUAAACUUGGAGCUCAUUAUAUUGAAGUACAAAUCCAAACACCAGAAACGUUAUGUAUUUUAUGAAUAAUGAAAUGUUAUGAAAAGUAUGCAUUUUAUUUAUUCACUUGCUGUAUGGUUGAAAUAAUGUUUUAGUUCACAACUUUAAGUUCCGUUGUAUAAAAAAAAUGCUUUAUUGGCUAAUGUUUCAUAAACAUUCAGUUGUUAAAUGCUCUAAAAUCCAUGCCAUUAGUAAUUUCACAGUAUUUUCACCUCCUAAAUCACUAAACUUUAAAGUCACAAUUCUACAUUGGUCAAAAUUACUCAGACCAAUGGUAUUUUUUGAUGAAAUUAUUUUAUUAUUUUUAAUUUUCUUUUUUUUAAUAAUUGUAGCCUACAUAAAUUGGUAAAGCAAAACAAAUAUUCCGAUCGUCCCUUAUUUUUUCCCUUAUUUUCUUAAAGAAUAAACACGAUAACACUAUAAAAAUUGAAUUUAAGUACUAUUAAACUAACUUUAAAUUCUCAAGAAGUUUAUAAGUAAAAAAUGUUAAAAUGUCACAGUGCAUGUUAAAUAGCCUAAAUGAACAUGUGUUAACAAUAUAAUUAAAACUAACAAUAUAAUUAGAUUUUUUUUAAAUAAACAAUUGCUGUGUAAAAUGGGACAGCAACCUUUAUAACAAACAUUUUUAAAUCGUCCACAGCUGAGCAUCGCAGGAGGCUUAUCUGCGCCAGAGCGAGUGAAGUGAAUGUGAUGAACGAAGUCAUUUUCAGAUGCAAUGAAAAAAAAAAAACUCUGGAUAGCCUAUAUUAGGCCCACGCUCUGUUCUGAAGUAUAAAAUAAUUAUAAUUACUGUUAACCCAGAGUAACAAAUUUUAACGGAUUAAUCACCUAUUUUAAUUUGCUGGAUGUUUUCUUUAUUUAUUUAUUUUUUAAACACGCGAAAAAAUCAAUUACGUUUGUCAGAGGAAAAAAAUAUAUGAGUGGUGUAUAGGUUUCAUUUUAACGGAUUAAUCACCUAUUUUCGUUUGCUGCAUGUUUUUUUUUUUUUAAACACGCUAAAAAAUAAAUCAGAGUUUGUGAGAGGAAAAAAUAUAAGUCAGGUAUAAGUUGCAUUAUAUUACAUUUAGAAAUAAUAACAGCUGGCCAAAUAAUGUUAUAAUGUACCAACAGGAUAUUUACAGGAUAGUUCCCUUCACUUGAAAACAGAUCCUUUAAAUUUAUCAAAUUUAUCAGAACAAAACAAGAAUUAAAAAUAUAUAAUUCUAAUGGAUAAAUAUAAUUUCAGUAUAUAAUAAUAUAGACAUAUUAAUAAAAAAAAUAAAAUAAUAAUAAUUUAAAGCUAAGCAUAAGGUAAGGUUGGGCUUUCUCAUUCGGGAGAAAUCCAAACGUUUCCAUAUUCGUGAUGUUGCUCAUUUGAAACUCAACUAUUAUUCAUGAGGUAAAUAGGCUUUGUAGUUCACGCGUGUUUCAGUAUUUAUGGAAAAAAAAUCAUAAUUAACGAUAUGUCAAAUUGCUAACGCUGAAUGUCUGGUGAACGACUGCUGUUUCCAGUGAAUAUGUGCGCGAGGCACCAGCGCGAUCAGACAGCUGAAACAAAUAAUAAUAAAUUUUUGGUCACACAUAAGGCAUAAUUCAAAAAUGCAAAGUGUUGGUAGUUUGAAAAAUCAAAAAUAAUAACGGACUUAAUACUAAUUAUUGCUUUUAACACGUAACUGAAUUACAAUUACGCGUGGUGGUAAUGCCCAGAUAGGCUGUCCACCUAUUGUGUGUCUGGUAUAACCUUGUCAGCAUUGAUUACUCUCCAUUAAAAUUUAGAUUUUGACCCAACUAUGAAGAGCCUUAAAUUGUAAUGAUCAAUAAUAUAAUUCAAAAUUUAGAACAGCCAAUCUUCCUGAAAGUAUAGGACGCUGCAAUGUGGCAAGUUUUUUUCUGGGUCUUUUAACCAGGGUACUCCACUGCGACCUUUUGAAAUUACAUUGCGACCCUAAUUUUUAUGAGGUCGCAAAUGUAUCACUGAUAAUUUUUGUACCGACAAAUAGGCUAUUUGGGAAAUCGGAUGUGUAUCAUUAUAAUGGAUGCAUUGUCUCUUAAAGUGACCGCGCCUAAUGUACUAGCUCUGCUGUCGGUGUCUUUAAUGUUAAUCCAAGAAAAUAAAAAGUAAAUCACUCACUGCUCUUCAUUGAAUUACUUUGUAGUUUUAUUAAGAAUUUAUCCACAGUCAAACCAGAUAUAACUGAUUAUGUCAGAUAUAAUUGAUUAUGUUUUACUGGUGGGUGCAGGACACUAGUUUAUUUAUGUAAGUGAGUAUAGCAAAAUACAGCGAACUGUGAAAUAAAAAAAUUCUUCAUACUGUAGACUACCAGUGAAGUUGAUUUUUUAUUUUUUUUAUUUUUUUUUUACAUUAGGGACCUGACCAUGUUUUGCUUAAGUGUUUCUUUUGUUAAUUGCUAAUGCAACCUUUUCACACAACAGACUGAACAAAAUUAAGCAUUGCUUGCUUGGUAAUUGUUCAACAAAGUAUGGAUAGUUGUAGGGCUGGGUACCGAACUUCGAUGCCUUUAUGGUAUUGAACGAAAAACUUCGAUACUAUGAGUAUCGAAAAAUUAUUUAUCUUUCGGUGCCAAAUUUCGGUUCCAAAAGCCAAGCGGCCGUAUUUUUUUAUUUAUUUUUUUUUUUGAAAAGCGGCUGUGUCUGUGUGAGCUUGUAGCAUACGUGCAUGUAAGGACCUAAAUUCGCCGUGAUUGGCUGUCCACCACCAAGUGACUUGACGGGGAGGAUUUCUGAAGAUACUCGUAGUCACACAACCCAGGUGUAGUUGUUUUUUCUCAAAACGUUUCAGUUUUACAAUGCCAAAGAGGUCUAAAGUGUGGCUACACUUUAUAAAAGUGGAUACUGAGUCAGCAAAGUGUAACAUAUGCGAUAAGAGUAUUGCAAACAAAGCCGGCUUGCCCUCCCUCCCUGUUUAGUUUGGUCUACUCCAUUGCGUAUCUUGGAACAUGCCCCCUAUCACAUCGUCUAAUAAACAGAGAGAGAGAGACAGAUUUAUCCGGUACAGCUAAUUUCUCUAAGCAGCAGGCCACUGUAUACGUUCACUUAAAACAUAACGACUGUGUUUACGAGAAUACAUGCAGAGACAAUUAUUUUGAUAUAAUUUUGUGUGUAUGUGUUCAUUCAGAAGUUACGAUACGCGAAAGAUGAAUUCAUUCUCUGUAAGAGCAUUGUCUGAAAUGCUGCUCGCAGCGCGUGCUUUGAAUGAGUGGGCGCAAGCUCCGAACGUGCACGAAUUGUUUAAAGCGCUUGAAUCAGCGAUAUUUAAAAACGAGAGCAAACGAUCAGCUACGAUCCGUUUCACCCCUUCAGGUGAGUGAACAACGCGAAUCAAGUUAGGAAUUUUACAUCACUAUUCACGAUAGCCCAUUGAACUGGAAAACACAAUAGCCCCGGGACGUGGGGCUAGCGAUUUUGCGAGCCCUGCACCUCAGAUCUAUCCAGUUUGUGAGACACUGGUUUCCUUAAACAAAAUAAUCUAUUAUUUUAAAAGAUUGACUCAAAAGAAUAAUUGGUUCACUAAUCGGAUCAUGAACUUGUAUUACUGAGCCAAAGAUUAUCUAUUAUUGAACAUCUCAAAUGAAUAAAGACUUCAAGUUCAUCUGUAAAACACAUAAAGCUAUCGUUUGAGUUUAUAAACUUCUAUUUCAUGCAUGCUUUGUAAGGAUCUGCUAACUGAAUGCAAAAUGUGAGUACUAGGAGAAUGUUUGUGUCUUGAUGAGCAUGUAUCGCUCACUAGGAGUCGCUAAAUGAACAGCUGCUCUUCUUUUUUUUUUUUUUUUACGGAGGAUCAGUUGCCCUAUUGGUUAAAAUCCCCAAACUGUUUACUUAAAUAUUAAAUUAAUAAAUGACAUCAAAACAGGGGCGUUUGCGUUAUGAUGUGGUGGGCUGCUGUGGGCCAGAAAGUCCAGGGCGACUUUAUGGUCCCAGUCCACCCCUUAAUGGCGCACCCCUAUCCAAAAAGCACAACCAGUUGUAUUAAUAAUGUUAUCCUGAGUGUGAAGUGUUACCAGAAUUUGUUUUAAUUAAGGUGAAAAAUAAAAGUUUUGUGUUUAAUGUAUUUGUGUUGAUGUUGAAAUGGAUUUUAAAACAAAUGGUAUCGAAAAAAGUAUCGUUAGGAACCGGUAUCGAAACUGAGGUAUCGAAAUUGGCACCGGAUCGAAAGAUUUUGAACAAUACCCAGCCCUAGAUAGUUGUGUAAAUAUUGUCAUACUGACAGUUGUCUGAAGUUUUGGUUGAUUCCAUUACAUAUCUUUCUAUCAAAGCUAUCCGACAUUAUCAAGAUGAAUUUCUUCUGACACAGUUCUUGUCAUAUUUUAUUACCAAUUUCUAAACUAUAACAAAUAAACUGUUAUAAUGAGAGAAAUGUUGAAGGUGUCUGAAUACAUUUUGUUUGACUGUGUAUUUUAUUUUACAGUGAAGACUAUUCAGUGCUAUUUUAAAUUAGUUUCUGGACACCUACAAAAUUAAAAAAGUAAACAUUGUGUGAAUAGCAUAAAUAAAUAAAUAAAUAGAACAAACAUACAGUAAAUAUUAAACAAUUUCAAACAGGGCCCACUGUACAACCUGCACCGGGGCCCCUCUAAUACCAGCUGGGACCCUGGGUUAAGGUACCAAGACAGAGCAAUGCAUUGUGUGUACUGUAAGAAAUAAAACAAGAAGGCAUGUGGAUUAAAAGAUGGCAAGUAAAAUAAAUAGCUCAUCUGAAUGCAAUACAGUUUGAUUAUUAUCAGAGCGACUUACUGAUUAUUGUUGUUGUUGUUUUUUAUCAAUUUCUCUGGUCUACAGUGUAACACUAAUGAGCUGAUGGUAUUUCAGCCAUCUGUUCCAUAUUAAUGAAUCCUGACUCUAACACAUUCUGCACUCAAAGACCAGAACGUGAGUAAACAAGGACCUUCGUUGUUUACAUAAUUCACCAUUUUGGGCGCCCUAAAGUCGGCCGCAUCCUGCCUUGAGUUACAGUUAUUACACCUAUUAAGAAAUUCCAGAGUCACGUGGGCGAGCCUCAAAAGGGGACAUGAAACCCCCCACACACACAAGCACACACACACAAACAAAGCUUUCUUAAGGUUCUGUAUCUUCGUCAUUUUAUUAAUAUGUAUUUUGAAUGUUUGUGUAUUGCAUAAAAUGGUUAAUCCUUGUUAUGCGAGGAUUAUAAUUUUACUAGCUUAUAAAUUGGAAAUGUUUCUCCUCAUUUUAACUUUCUCAAAUAGAGUCAUGUUUUUGUAACUCUACUCCUGACCAGGUCGUUAAACUUUAUGAUCCUACUGGGAAACAGAACAGGAAUCAAAGCUGACUCUUAGAAAGAGAAUAGUAAAAUCUACUCAAAUGUAUUCUAAACAUAUUAAGUAUUGCUUUUUGGUUCAUUAGAUGGGUCCUCAUAUAAAUUGGAUUAUAUAUAUAUAUGUUAUUUUUGGUUUCUGUUUAAUCAAAAUGCUUUGACAGACCCAUUUAUACAAAGCAAAGUAAUGAAAAAUGUAUUAAUCUGGAAUUACGAACUUGCUAGAAUAUCCCUGGUGAAAUCUGAUAAGCCCAAAGUUAGUAGGUUGGGUGUUUCCACAGAGACAAAGGAACUUUUCCCCGCUUCAGAUCGCGGACGUUCAUUGGUUGUUCACGCGAACAGAGGCGUGAACCAUCUCAAGCCAUAAGAGCUGACCGAACAAGGUCCGCCCCCUCUCUUCCUUCUCUUACAUGCUGCUAACCGGCUGCGACCCUCGUCGCUCCCGCCGGUCCCUCGGCGCAGCCUUGUGCCGCGCUCAUAUUGCCGUCCCCCUCAGCACAGGAGCUGAAAGGACAGCCAUUCUCAUGGCUCCUUCGGAAGCUUUUGUUUUCGUUGUUUUGUUUUCUUUUCUUUGCUAAGUUUAUUCAACUAUUCGCCUCUCCACACAAGGAAGACGAAUUCUGGAACAUUGUUUGUUGAACCUUUCAAAUACCUAACCCUAACCCAUGCAAGUAUCUUUCUCUAUGGAGAUUUAAAUGCUGCUUUAAAGUUGGUCUGUGAUUUGAUUCGUGUUGGCUGCUAAGGGUCUGUGGUUUUCAUACCUGAGCUCAUUCUGUGAUCUCUCUUUCUCUCUAUCUCUCUCUCUCUCUCUCUCUCUCUCACUCUCUCUCUCCCUUAUUUGGAUUCCGUUAUGCCUUGUACAAAGUUUACUGUCUGUAUUGUCGUACGCAUAUUUACUUUGUGUGAUUUGUAGUUUGAUGUAUUAUUAGUCAAUUAUUAAAAACCCAUAUAUUCAUGAUUGCCUGAUUUGCCUCCACCCCGCUCACAUUACGAGUCACUGAGAUGUCUGAUCUAGCUACAAGCUUUAAAUUUAGAAACUAAAUUUAUCAUAAUGAUAGGAUAAUGUUUUCAUGGCCAGAGAAUAUUUUUCCUUGAAUUAUAAGAAGUGAUAACUUUAUUGAAAAUUGAUAGGUUAAUCUUACGGCCGUUUGCUGGACAAACCACUGUUUGAUUUGCAGUAAUUUACAGUAAGAGAUAUCGGAAUAAUUGAUAUGAAGAAUGGAAUAUUGACAUAUUGCUGAGUAAAUUACAGUGCCCUGUAAUGAGUUAUUAGUAUAGACAAUUCAGCUAUUUUUCACCUUCAAUAAAAUUUAGUGUAACUGUCAUAUGAGAUAUAUAUUAAUCAUAUUCCUGAUUAUUCAAAUUCCCUAUAUAUCAUUUGAGUUAAUUAUUAUGUACAACCCAAUGUUGUUACAACAGUAUGAAGAAUUUUUGGGUAUAAUAUUUCACACUUCGCUGUAUUUUGCUAUACUCACUUACAUAAACUAGUGUCCUGCACCCACCAGUAAAACAAUAUAAUCAAUUAUAUCUGAUUUUUUGUUUGACUGUGGAUAAAUUCUUGUUAAAACUACAAAGUUAUUCAGUCGAGCAGUGAGUGAUUUCAUUAAAGGUCCCGUUUUACGCGUUUUUUUUGAAGCUUUGAUUGUGUUUACAAUGUGCAAUAUAACAUGUGUUCAUGUUUUGCGUUUAAAAAAACACAGUAUUUUUCACACAGUUCACCUAUCUGUAUACUGCCUGCACUGUCACAAAAAACGGGCUGAUGACUUCCUUGGUCUAUGAAGCCUCUCCUUCAGAAAUACGUAACAAGUUCUGAUUGGGCCAGCGGUACCUGUGCUGUGAUUCGACAGCAGCUUAGAGCAGGCUGACCUCCUGGUAACGUGAUUGGGCUAGAAUGCACAUGCUGGAGAUGUAUUUAUAAUCACAGGAGCGUUUUUACUGACGAGAAGCGCAUGAAAACCGCAUUUUUUUUUUUGCACAGCCCUAACAUCUAGUUAACAAAGCUAAGCAGCGUUGCCCUUUGUGUAAUAAGUUACAGAAACUGUUAAACGCACCAACUUAAAUAAAAAAAUACACUUACCAGUUGUGGUCCAUAAACAACGCCUUCUCCAGACAAAGAGGGAACUGCUCCAUCUUUCAAGAAUAAUCUUUGUGCAAAUCCAGCAUUAAACUGAUUGAGAUUGAGAAAGUUGUCCUCAGCAAGCUGUCCUCAGCAAAAAAUUAGCUGCACAUAGUUUUACAUGUGCAUUAUAAUUUUCGGGAACCGAGUUUAACAUAAAUUGUAACCAUUAAUGUCAAAGUACAGCGUUCAUGGGAAGCCCAAACAAAGGUGUUUGUACUCAGAGAUGAAAAAAACAGCGUUUCAACGACAUGGCGACAAAAACAAACAGCUCUUCCUUCUUCUCCGUCAGAGCGCAACAAGGCCACGCCCCCUGUUUGUGAAUUCAUGUGGGCGGUGGUUAGUCAAAAAAACUGUUUUAGUGACGUCAUUACUACAGGAACUAGAGGGCUGUAGUCCAAACGGGUCGUUUUUUGUAGGCGAAUUCUGUUAAAUCAAAUAUCUCGCUUGGCAUUGAACUUUGAGCUUUAGAAUUUUACAGAUAUUAUUUAUACUCUAACAACAACAUUACACACUAACUAAAGAUUAAAACAUGGAAUCACGAAGAAGGGGACCUUUAAAAAUUAACAUUAAAGACACCGACAGCAGAGCUAGUAAAUUAGGCGCGCUCACUUUAAGAGACAAUGCAUCCAUUAUAAUGAUACACAUCAGAUUUCUUUCCAACUCUUUACUUUCACUUAAGACAUAACCACAGACUUUUCGAACACACUUUCCAAAACAGGUAUUUUGACAUAUUUAGUAUGUAGGCCUAUUUGUCGAUACAAAAUAAAGAAGACUUUGAGACGCGUCUCUGAAUGCACCCUGAACACUGUAGUGCUGAAUUAAGCUCUUUCCCAUCCUUUUCUGUUUGUUUAAACUUGUUUAAGAGCACGCGAUUAACCAGCUUACUCAGUUCAGUUUUCCCACAUCGCGGGGCUGAAGCCAACUUGAUGUGUUGAAUGCUCAGAGAACGUUAUAAAACGUAUUUUUAAAAUACACAUUUCUGUUUUAAUAAAUGGUCAUAGUAAAUCAUAGCAUAUUGCCUAAAACACAAGAUAGGUACAAAAAUUAUCAGUGAUACAUUUGCGACCUCAUAAAAAUUAAGGUUGCAAUGUAACUUCAACAGGUCGCAGUGUAGUUCCCUGUCUAAGAGUAUCGUUAUUUGCAAGACUUUGAAGAUUUUGGCAGUCACAAAAUUUCAACAGAUCAUUUUGAGUUCUGGAUGACAAGAAUGCUAGCAGUGUGUUGGAGUAGGUAAGUUCAAGCCAUGCUGAAAAAUCAAGCACCCUGAAUUUCAGACAAGAGCUGAGUUGGUCCAUCCCACAAUUUUCUAAUGGGAUGCUGUUGCGAAGCUUAGACACGCUCCUUACUCUUUCUCUUUGUUCAUUGAUUAAACAUCAUGCAACAUUGUCAUGUAGCCUGAUUGAAUCGAACUGUCCAAAAGAACUACUGGUGAUCCGAAAACCGAUGAGUCAAUCUUUUGUUCGUUAUCUUGCUUGGCUCGGUGUUCAUCUUCAGUUCUCUCUUCACAGCAGUUCAGUCAGUGUUUGAGUAAAUAAAUUACUCCGGGAUAUUGGUUUAUUUUAACUAGGAGGGAGUUUCAGCCACAUUAUUAAAAGUUAACAGCUUAAGUCAUUUGUGGAUUAAUGCAUAUUGGAGACGCGAACAGUUUAAAACGAUUCAGUUCAAUUUGGUGGUGGGGCGUUGGCUGAAGGUGCAGUUGUGUGGCUGGUUAAAGUUGAACGGUCAGGCGUUGGAGGCUCGACGUUACAAAACUUAACUCAGAACACGAAACUCUCAAACGGAAAAGAAAAGAAAUAAAGUUUGAUGAGACAAGGUUGUGUUCCUUCUCAUCGUGGCUAAGUAGCAGCAGGCAUGCAGUCUGAAGCACGCUGCAACCGCGCUCAAAGAAUAGUGAUGACAAAAAACAUGGCUAAUAGCAGAAACACAGCCAGAGACUAAAAGCAAAGAUUUAAUGGUGUCCUAAGUAUUUAAACUGGCCUGUUGGCCACACCUCAAAUGUUGUCUUGACCAAUCAGAUAUUGUCUUGGCUUGGGGGUAUCAUAAAUCAUAUGUUUAUCUUACCAAGCAUGUGAUCCGAAUUUUCCUGUUCUUGCAGGGUCUAAUUUUGGACAUGAUUCCUAUAACACUAAUAUGAUACAUGGGACAAAUAAAUUAUUGUCUGUGCUAAUUGAAGCAAGCAAAUUCGAUCACACAUACCAAACAUAAUCAUGAAUCGCUAAGCUAUGCCAUAGUUAUAAAAAAAAAACAUACACAAUAAGUGAUUAUAACAUGAUAGUCAAAUGUGUGGGUUACACAUAAAUGAAUAUGGAGUGAAGCGAUGGACUGAUUCAUUUAUAAGUCUUUUUUAGUUCAUUCUGGUCCAUAUAUAUGUACAAAGAGCAGUUUCUUUGUCAUUCUCUGACAUAGGGAUGUUCUGUGAAGAGGUUCAAAGCCCCUUCCCUCCCUUAGGAAUUUCAGUCUGGUUCUGCUAGGUGGGGGGGGGAGUCAAUGGAAGUGUUUAACUCGAUCUCAUGGGUUUACAUGUGAUGUCCAGCAUUGCAUUUCCAUUACGAACAACACAUUUGGCACCAAAUUUCUCUUCUUCGAAUUGAAAUUGUAAAUAAUUGUUCUAGUGGUGUUAAUGUUGAAAGCUGUUGUGUUAACAAGUUGGUUGCUCAUCUUGCUUGGGACUUGUGGCACAGAAUGUUUUAUGACUUCCUGAGGAAUUCGGCUCGUGUUUCAACACAGCCCUGAUCGACUCUUCAAUUUGUUUGGUUCGAGUCAUUUCUGUUACACUUCAAAAAAUUCUGAUGUCACAUGGACUACUUUGAUGUUUUUCUUACCUUUCUGGACAUGGACAGUAUACCGUGCACAGUUUCAAUUGAGGGACUGAGAGCUCUUGGACUAAAUCUAAAAUAUCUUGAACUGUGUUCCGAAGAUAAACGAAGGUCUCACGGGUUUGGAGUUAUUAACCUCUUAGCCUGCACCCCCAUGCCCGCGUCCUGAACGCCCCUCAGCUUGCACGUGUCAGUGUUUAUGAAUAGAUCAAAUGAAAUGGGACAAAUUUAAUCUUGACAAUCUAUGUGUAUCAUAAAGAUCUAAACCUCAAACAUCGACCACAGAUCGCUGUUUUUCAAUGGAAAUCUUAUAAAGACUGUAUUUGCUACAUUUGUGUAAACGGUACACAUAAAAGCAUGAACAUUAGAAACGCAGUACAUACCAGAUCCAUUGUAAUAACGAGUCAUAAACACAUCCACAACUGUAAAUCCCGGUUUAGUUAGGAAGGUAAGGGUCCACUGAACGACAUCUCAUGGUGCACGUUUAGUCCAACAAAGCAAUAAUGUUGUAAUAUGGAUCAUAAUUCUUUUGUUUACGUUUCAGUUCUUCAGCAACAGAACUGUUUGCGUCCUUUAUGGAAUAACUCACUGUCAGAAACUGUGUCUUGGUAUUAAAAAAAACGGCAUGGUUUUGCAGCGUACAGUGUCACAAACAGAAUGAGACAAUCCACCGGAAAAAAAGAAUGAAUGAAAGAUGGGCGAAAGAUAGUAUAAUUUAAUUUUGGCGCUCCCUCAUGAUGGCUCGUGACAUGCUCUGAUGCACCUGUCAGCUGAUGGAGGCAAAACUUGCGAUCACCUUUUUCUUUUUGUUUUAUUUUUCAACAGUUUUUUUUUAUGUGAGAUUGUGUUUUAUGUUGAAUGUGAAUGUAUCUGCAUGAUUACCAUCUGUUUGAGUGCAAAUCAGCCCAAAUCAGCUCGCUAUUACUGCAUGAUCACGGCUAUCAAAGUGAAUGCAUCUAUAUGAAUAGAGAGAGUGGAUUAUUUACUUUAUGCCGCAUUUGUGUUAUUCUCAUCUGUGUAAGUGGCCAUCAGCUCAUCAGCACUUAUUUGCAUCAUAAUUCAUUGUAAAUGCUGCAUUUCUAGCAAUCUCAGGAUUUUCUGUAAUUGGCAGAAAGUUGAAGUUGACAAAGUUAAAUCUUUUUUUUUUUUUUUUCUUAUUAUUCUUUUUUUUCUUACUCAAAUUAUUGUAUUUUUCUAGUGCUCAAAUAAAUAUAUGAUGUCUAAGUUUCUGUCUAGUGUUUUAUAAUUGAAGAAAAAAACUAUGCAGUGGUAUGUCCACUGACUAAAUAGUUUGUAGAAGCCUUCAAUACUAUUGGGAAAUAUAUAUAUUUUUAAUAUUUGGGGGGUGGGGGCACAUAGUCUCAGAAAAAUAAUUGCAGCAGUCUCAUUUUUCAUGAUAUCUCAUUUAGAUUUGAAAUAGAAACUCAUGAGACAUGUGGCUUUCAACAUAUUACUUUUCUAGAUUGCUCCAGGACUCAUUUCAUGUAUUUUUAUAUCAAAUAAAAUAUUUAAGUGUGGUAAAAAACAAUUCAAGGCACUUCAGUGUCUAUAACUUUUAAUAUUUUUCAGCAUUAUCAAAUAUGAUUGAUUAAAAAGUAAAGGGUCUUCUUUCCAAAGACACCAAAAUUAUGUUUGUAACACACUGAAGUAGAAAACUGUUAUAAUUUUAAGUUAGGUAGAGCACUUUCAGCUGUGAGUCCCAUAAUGGGGGGUUCUGGCUAACAGGUUAAUGACAUAAUUUAGAUUUUUCGAUGAACUUACUCUUUAAUGCCAACAAAGUGUUCAAGUCUAUGCAAAAGACUGUUGUGGUCAAUAGUGUCAAACGCAGCACUAAGAUCCAAAAGCACUAAAAGAGAGAUACAACCAUGAUCAGUUGAUAAGAGCAGGUCAUUUGUAACUCUAAGGAGAGCAGUCUCAGUACUAUGAUAUGGUCUAAAUCCUGACUGGAAAUCCUCAAAGAUAGCAUUUUUCUCUAAGAAGGAAUAUAAUUGUGAGAAUACUACCUUUUCUAGUAUCUUGGACAGAAAAGGGAGAUUCGCGAUAUGUCUAUAAUUAGCUAGUUCUUUGGGGUCAAGUUGUUGUUUUUUGAUGAGAGGCUUAAUAACAGCCAGUUUGAAGGUUUUUGGGACAUGUGAAUGGCCCCUAAUGGAGAUUCAAUCACAAAUGUUUAACAGUGAGUCAUAAACAGGACUAUCUGGAUUUUUUUUUUUUUUUUUACAGCAGGUUAUCAACUUAGAAUAUCAAUGUAUAUGAAGUGCUACUAUGCAUAUCCCACAACAUUAGGCUAAAUGAAAAAAGAAAAGAAAAAACGAUUCAGAACAGGCACAAACAAUAACGUGACAACUUAGGCUGGGUUCACACCGCAAGCUGCAGCAGAGCGAAAGCAGCGCGUUAGCAGCAGGUAGGCAGAGCGGAAGAAGCGCAUCCCUAUUUAGCAUUCACACCAACAGCGGAGGCAGCGCGCAACUGAACAGUGGAUUUUGGACAGAGUACUCUAGUUCACAUUGCUUUAUUUCCAUUUAAAAUACAUUUAAAUAAAAAGACUUGGCAAGAAGCUUUUUAAAUUAAUAAUUUCAUUGUAACUUUUGUUGCAUCUUUGUUUUGCUGUCUUUGUUUUCCGUGCAGUACGUGUUGUUGAUAGAAGAAAGGCCAUCGCGCUUUAUUUGUUAUUAAGGAGACUAUGAAAAAGACGCAGACUUUGGGUUCAUCCCAUUAACCGACGUAGGAGAGAACAUGGUGCAUAUUACCAUCUUGUCACUGGGUUUGUUUGCAAGCAAAAUUACCAAAGGACACCCUGAAAACCAAUUGUGGCGAGUGGGGCGGGGCCGAGAGGCGUGGGAACGAGGAGUGAGGCCAGGUGUAGUGAUUGGAGAUGAGCUACACCUGCGCCCCACCGCCGGUCUCGAGUCUCACGUAGGAGAUGGAAGGAUAUAAAACUGGAGCGACUAUAUUGAAGGACGAGAGAGGACCAGGCCUGGACAAUAUUUUAUGUUUGCUUUUUAUUUUGUGCGCACCAGUCGUCCGUGAGAGGCUGGUGCGCUGUUUUGUGUUUACUUUUGAUUUAUUAAAAUGUUUUGAUUGUGCGCCGGUUCCCGCCUCCUUCUUCCGGAUGAAUAGGAAGUUUUUAUCAUUACAGUGGUGCCGAAACCCGGGAGAAGGAGGGAUGCGCUGCUGAAGAUCCCUCGCCGCUGUGGUGAAUACGCGGUGCCAUCGAGCAGGUGAGGAGUGUGCCGCCAUGGACGCUCGAGGCGGUGGGCUGGAGCGAGUUGCCGGGGACGCGCGAGCUCGCUGCCGGCCAGCCACGAUAUGGAGGGGCGGCUGCCGUCCGUGAAGGAGCGGAGGAGUGUCGUGCCGUCCGCCGAGGGCCGUCCAGUGCCACCGCCAGGCACCGCGGAGGAGAUCACCCAGCUGGUGGAGGGCCCGAGCAGCAGUGCGUCUGGGAACCGAAAUUUUUUUUUUUUUCCUCUCUCCCAUCUCUCGUCUCUGUCGCUCCUCCUUCCAUCUCAUUUUCUCUCGCCUCGUCUGUCCUACCCCCAGGUCAGGUUCCCGCAGGUCCCCGUGAGCGGUCCCCCCCGGGGCUGGUAGAGCGCAGUCUCGAGGGCACCCCCCCGGCCUGCGAGAGGCGAUGGGGGUAUGUGGCGAGUGGGGCGGGGCCGAGAGGCGUGGGAACGAGGAUUGAGGCCAGGUGUAGUGAUUGGAGAUGAGCUAUGGAAGAUGGAAGGAUAUAAAACUGGAGCGACGAGAGAGGACCAGGGGUCUCAUGUAUCAACCUUGCGUACGCACAAAAACUUUGCGUACGCCAGCUUUCACGCUCACGGUCGGAUGUACUAACAGUGAAAUUAACGCAAGAAUGUGCGUUCCUCCAAGCCAAUUUCAUGUCUGGCGUACGUUCAUUUCUCAUUGUUUUUGUCCGUUGGCGACUCUUACAGGCAAUAAAGUGAAGUUGCAAACAUUACACAACAAAUUGUUCUACAAGUCUCGCACCACCACCUGUGGGAAGCAUUGCAAUUAAUUUGCAAUUUAUAAAAUAAUUGACAUAUUGUCACACGAGCCUUUUUAUAAUUAUAUAAAUUAUGCAAUUAAAUAAGAACAUAUAAAAGCAUAACGGUUGAAACAACCCUUAGUCUAUGGCAAUGGCAGCGUUGGCCUUAUUAGAGGACAUUGCUAAUGGCAGAAUCAGAAGAGAACGAGUUUUUAGGGACCACAAUGAUUUUCUGGCCCAGGAUGAUGACUGGCUUAUCAGCCGUUUCAGAUUUCCAAGGGCUGUCCUCUUGGAGCUCUGUGCUGAGUUGGGUCCGAAUCUAGAGAGAGAGACAAUGAGGAGCCACGCAAUACCCGUUCCCUUGCAGGUGCUGACAACACUUGGUUUCCUGGCAACUGGUUCUUUCCAAAGGGAACUGGCAGACCGCUCAGGAAUAAGCCAGUCGUCUUUGAGCCGGGCAAUGCCAGUGGUAUGGGACGGGAUCAUCCGCAUGUCUGCCAGGUAUAUCAGGUUCCCAUAUGAUGCAUUUGACCAGCCAAACAUUAAAAUGCAAUUUGCAGCGAUAGCCGGUUUUCCUAAUGUUAUCGGAGCGAUCGACUGCACACACAUUGCUAUAAAGGCGCCAUCUGAAGAAGAAUUUGCAUAUGUGAAUCGGAAACAUUUCCAUUCAAUAAAUGUGCAGAUAAUAUGUGAUGCACAAAUGCGCCUAACAAAUAUUGUGGCAAGGUGGCCUGGGUCAACCCAUGAUUCAUACAUCCUUACAAACAGCAUGGUUGGGAUGAGGCUCCAAGCUGGCAGGGUGCGUGAUGGGUGGCUUCUUGGAGACCGCGGUUAUCCACUAAAGACGUGGCUUUUAACCCCCCUCACCAACCCACAAACUGCCCGAGAGCGCAGAUACAAUAAUGCCCAUUCUCGCACUCGUUCAGUUGUAGAGCGGGCGAUUGGGCAGCUGAAAUGUCGGUGGCGCUGCCUUGACAGGACUGGGGGGAUGUUGUUAUACCGCCCUGACAAGGUGUGCCGCAUUGUGCUGGCCUGUGGUGUGCUGCACAAUGUCGCGCAUAGGCAUGGCAUACCACUUGGUGAGGUGGCAGCACCGCCAGAUGACCCCGACCCAGGACCAAUUUAUGUGCAGCCCAACCAACAAGCCGUUCAUGCCCGCCAACAUGUGAUUGCGACAAUAUAAAUGCAUGUGUCAAGACGCGACCAGAC